CGCAGAGACAAAAGUGUAUAUUAUUCCUGGUUGAGCUCGAAAGUUUUUCCCAAAAUUUACUGUGCAAUGUUGUGAAGAUCUCGCCAACUCUGGCGACAAAGUGCACCGCUUAUCCCAAUUAACCCGUAACCGUGGCGAUUGUUAGCGAUAAUCUCAGUUUCGAGCGCUAUUUCCUCCAGAAAAUGCAACAAGUAGACGAUCCCCCUUAUUUGACUGUUGGCACGGAGGUUAGCGCCAAAUACAAGGGGGCCUUUUGCGAGGCUAAGGUCCGCAAAGUGGUACGUAACAUCAAGUGCAAGGUCGCGUACAAGCUGGGUGGUCUCGGAUCCGGCGUUGUUUCCGACGAUCAGAUCAAGGGUGCACUUCGCGUUGGGGCCACCGUAGAGGUGAAACAUCCCGAGCGGAAGGAAUACGUGGAAGCAACUCUGACCAAGAUUCAGGACUGCUCCCAGUAUACGGUGGUGUUCGAUGACGGUGACAUUACGACGCUGCGUCGAUCUGCGCUUUGCUUGAAGAGCGGAAGACAUUUCAACGAGAGUGAAACUUUAGAUCAGCUCCCUCUGACGCACCCGGAACAUUUUGGGAAUCCUGUGAUUGGUGGAAGGAGGGGUAGAAGGUCCCGCCAUCUUCUACCAGACGAUAGUUCGGACGAGGAUGAUGAACCGGCGUCCAAUUCUCGCUCAAACGUUAGCGACAAGGAGGAACACAUCGGGAAGGUCGUUUGCGUGGAAACCACGGAUAACAAGAAGAAGAAUCCUAAAGAAAAUUGGUUCCCGGGAUUGGUCGUUGCGCCUACCGCCCAGGAUACGGUACGGAUACGCGUCAAGGAUGAAUAUUUGGUGCGGUCCUUCAAAGACGGAAGAUACUACACCGUGCCCAAAAAAGAAGCGACAGAUUUCACACGCGAGUGCACAAACAAAUCGGAGGCGGCUGCCGUUUCAGCUGCUCUCGAUUACAUGGACAAUGAUAUAUUACCACCCCACUGGGAUCGUGAAGCGUUGUUUGGAAUGUCGGGCAGCUGUAGCGAUUCAGAGCAGGAACUAGAAACUGACAGCUCGGAUGAUGAACCAACCGAAGAAAAGGAUCAUUUUGUGGCUCAAUUGUACAAAUUUAUGGAUGAUCGUGGAACACCACUAAAUAAAGUUCCCUCAAUCAUCAAUCGUGACGUUAAUUUGUAUCGCUUAUUUCGUGCGGUGCAAAAACUGAAUGGCUACAAUCGAGUUACAAGUCAGAAUCAGUGGAAACAAAUAGCCCUUCGGCUUGGAUUUUCCCCAGCAACGGCAAGCAUCACGAACCUGGUGAAGCAGGCAUACAAAAAAUUCCUAUUUUCGUUCGAGGAGUUCAACCGUAAGCUGGGAUGCACUAUGGUUCCACAUCCGCGAACGAAUCGCUCCAAAGGGCGCAGCCUGGUGCGGGCGAGUUCGGUGCAGUCGCCGAAGACCACGGAGAAGGAAAAGCCUUCCACUUCGAAGGUGGUGGCAACUGCAGAAGCCUCAUUCGGAUCAGCUCCGGAGGAAUCUGGAAAUACCAGUGAAUCCAGCACAACCGAAACCAAACCUAGCCAGAAACGAAAAAUAUCCAACGUGGUUGCUGGUGGUAAAGUAAAAGCAUUGGUUGAUAAGUUUGAAGAAAAAGAAAAAGAUAAGGUCAAAGAAGGAAGCAGCAAGAGAGAGGAAUUACCGGUUGCGGUUAAGAAAGAUAAGUCCCUGAAGUUGCUAUCUACCCCAAAAGGAAGUGAUGGUGACAAACGUGGCCGAAAGAAAAGGGAUACAGAUCCAGCUGAUUCGAAGAAAGAUGAUAAAGAUAGUGGCAAGGGGUGCUCUAGUGGUGCCUCUUCUUCGUCCAAUUCUGUCGAAAUGAAAAACGUUGGGACGAAUGAAAGCAAAACUGGUUUUCCGAACUUCCCGAUUGAAGUCGGUGACAAGUUGAAGGUGUUUUAUGACGAACAAAAAGUGACUUACGAGGCGAAAGUGAUUGAAAUUGCCAACCAGGAGGGGAAUCCUAUUUAUCUCGUACAUUACACUGGUUGGAACACGAGAUAUGACGAAUGGGUGCGAAAGGAACGCAUAGCAGAGAAUCUUACCAACAACAAGAAUAAAAAGUGUAAAUCAGAUAAGAGUGGCAGCAGCAAGAAUAGCACCACUCCCCAGGGAAGUAACAAUACAUCGUUAACAUCGCUGAAUAGUUCUACACCAUCGAGUACAACCGGAUCUUCAUCCACGGCAAAUGCGCUUGCUUCAACGCCGAAAUUAUCCAAACGCAUUCGGGGAAAUUCGAAAGGUGACAUCACUAAUAGUAACUCUUCCACAAGUACAACAUCCGCUCCGACUGGUUCUCCGAGAUCAACUACCCCGAGCACUUCCUCGCAUCGUAACAAAUCACCAGCGUCGGCUCCCGGGGGCGCCCAUCGGCGUCCCAUAACACGCGGUGGCCAUCCAGCGGCUCCGUCGUCAAAACGUCGAACCUCCAACAAUACGGACAUUUCCUCGCUUUCGAUAGCUACCGACGACAAUACCAGCGAUACCGAUUCGGAUGAACCGAUCAAAAAAUGCCCAGCCAACACCAACAGCAACAGCUCGUCUUCGACCGCAUCGUCCAACUCGUCCUCGUCAUCAUCGUCCUCCAGCAGCAGCGUUAGCUCGAGCAGCACGAAAGUAAGUACAACGGCCGAGGCGGGCUCGUCUUCGGACGCGGCGGUCAUUUCGGACGAGUUUAGCAACGGAGCUUCCAAGGGUCGCGAUUACGAUCUAAACCAAAUUCGUUCCGAACUCAAGGGAUUCAAGGAACUCAAAUCGCCUGCCUCUCCAGCAUCGGACAGCACUACAACUGCGACUACCGAUGUUGCUGGUGCCCAGCUCCAAACCCACGAGUGUUGCGAGGAUACUCAACAAGUGUCCCCGGAUGUGGCGAACGACGUCGAUAGUGCAAUGCCAGAUGUUGACGAUGACGAUAACGAUAACCCCUCGGGUAUCAUUGAUACCAACCAAAACACCCCACUGAAGGACGAACUUGAGGAUCCCAUCGAAGAAGAACAUGAAAAAUCUUCCGAAUCAGAAACGCUCAGCGAAGAAGAUUCUUCCCAGUCGUCUAACAAAGCUUUCUCAAGCUCACCCAUCACGGCAAUGGUUGACUCAGACACGGCCCCGGAAACGCCGAUACCACCUCCAACGGUUUUAACACCGACACCAACCAUUGUCACUACGAGCACAACAGCCUCGACAAGCCCCAAUGUAUCGAUCGCUAGCUUGAGCGUCAAAAACACCAAAAUCGCCAACAACGCUCCUCCUAAAAUUGUGGAAAAAAUUGAGGAGAAAUCUGGGGAGAAACCAAACAAAACUUCCCUCGAAGAAAAACCUUCCAGUUCCUCGGGAACCGGUUUCCUUAACAAACCCCCGCUUAAAACGUACGGCACAGCAGCGGCAAUCCUGGCUAAUGCCGAGAAUAACGCGGUAAAAUUUGCAUUUAGCACCAUCAUCAGAGAAACCGAAGGAGAGAAACUUGCUCCACUGCCGGAUGUUGACUCACCGACAACUGCGACCCACGUUAAUGAAAUCCAAUCCACUCCUGUUAUAUCGAAACCAUCGCAUUUGCUGCCAGAGGAUAAAUCACCUCCGACGGUACAUCCCGUUCAACGUAACAAUCCAUCGACAUUUGCUCAUGUUGUUUCGCCAGGUGCUUCGACAAUCACAACGGCUGGCAGCAGUAGUACUGUUCCAAUCCAGGCACCGAAAAAUACUAAGCUUAUCAACGUCCAAGAUGAAAUAGUUGCCACUGUAAUAAAUAAAUCGGCCAUAGCGGCGGCCACAACGGCGACAGCGGUUUCCGCCGCAGUUUCCUCCACCAUUCCCGGUAGCGGCGGGGGAAUAUCGAUACCAACUGUUUCGCUCGCAACUUCUGGAGGAACAUCCACCAAUACAUUAGCGGCUCUUCGAGCCGAAAAGAAGCUGACUGGAGAUAAGAAAGUGGAAAAGGUUAUUCCCAUUAGCAAGCUGGGAACCGCGCUGAUUCCUGCCGAGAAGAAACUUUCGUCAUCAACUCUGACGCCCGCUCAGAAUAAACUGCUAAGCAAGGAAGCUCUUUCCAUCAAGUCUAUUUUUGAAUCCAGUGCAACACGAAUGGAUGAAAAAAUCUCAGACGUUUACGAAUUCAAUGAUGUUGAUUAUGAUCUCGAUACAACCAGUACUGGAACUAGUUCAAGGAAACACGUUUCCGAGGUUCCCCAAGCUGAAGUUGUCAGCUCAUUGACCCCGGCACUGUUGUCUGACGACAAAAAGGCAGCGAAAAAAGCAAUGGCAAGGAAGACGGACACAUUGGGACUAGCCGAAAGGAAGCUGAAGAAAAUUUCACCCAUUAAAGAGAUCGAUAAGCUGAAGCUAGUAAGAAGGGAGAAAGAACGGGAUCUGGAAAAGGAAAAAUUGCUACUCAGCGAGCUGGAAGGAGCGGCUGCCACAUUCAGCAGCACAAUGAUAACACCCGAGAAGCCAUCCGCACACUUCUCUGGGUUUUCAUCCAUUGCAAAAUCGGAGAACACAUUUGAUGUUCUCCGGAAGUCUCCCAGCUUCAACAUUGUCUCGCAUCGAGACGAAAAGCCUGCACUGCUCGGCGAGGAACAAAAGCCCGACCCAACAAAAUUGGCCGCAGUAAUAAAGGGUAUCUUUACACCUAUUACUUCCCCAUCUGCCACGGAGACAUCUUGUGGUGAAAGGGAUAAGAGUCCUUCCAACAUGGAGGAGAAAGUUAAAGAAGAACCUACUUUGGAGAAUUGUAAAAAAUAUUUCAAUGAUAUGAACUUUGAGUUCGAUGCUCCAAAAGUUGAGAAGCCGCCCUCGAUCGCGGACAAAGUAUUGAAGGCACUCAGUCAACAGCAGCAGCAGCAGCAGCAACAGCAACAACAUGCACAUGGAAGCGCGGUUAAAUCAGAAUUUCCCAAAUACAUUAUCCCGACAGCGCAUCACAAGCAUCAUCCCUCGUUGAUACCGAUUGAAACCGUUGUUUCAACGGCUCCUGUGGCUUCUGUUUCACUCAAACUAGAAGCCAGCAGUUUCGCGGCGGUUAUUCCAACCAAAUCUAUUCCACUACACACGGAACCUCCCAAAAUAGAAAUGCCAAGUGUAAUUCUCAAAAAGGAAAUUGAGCUGAUAAAAUCGAUUCCACUGGCUAGCAAGGAACCACCAACGUUCGCCAGCACCAGCACCAGCAGCACUACCACUCAUGAAAUACUUCCGCCCACCACCUGUACCAAAAGUCAAGAUCUAACCGAGUCCAUCAAAAAGCUGGAAACCUCCGAUCUGGUUCAAGCGGAAUCCUCCCGAUUUACACACCACGAUGAGGAUAGCACCGAUAGCAACGAUUCCGAACACCGUCUCGUUAUAGAGGAUGCGGAAGCACUCGAGCCCAUCAAUCCAAGCAGCCAACAAACGGACUUUGAGAAAUUGAUCAAAAUCGAGGUUGAUGAAAAGCCAUUGAUGACCCAAACGGAGAUUCACUCGGCUGCUUCUGCGGCUGCGGUAGCCGCAGUCGCUAGCAAGGAAAAACUUGUCUACAAAACGGAAGCAGAAGAACUGAAAGAGGAUCCCAUCUACGGGCUGGUCCAUGGCGAUACCAAGAAAGGUAAACAGCCAAGCAUUCUUGAAACAAUCAUCCAGAGUGAACUUAGCACAGCCGCUAGUCGGGGCAUAGGCUCGCACGGUUACUUGAAGUUGAAAGACCAGCAUGACUCUUUCGCACAGAACGAAUUGGAGAGACUCCGCCGAGAGGAACAGCUCCAACAGCAGCAACAGCAACCAGCACCACCACCACCACCGAGUGCAUCGCCAAUAGUAGCGAUUGUUGAAUGUUCCGAUAAAAAACAACAACAACAACAGCAACCCCAGCAAAGCAGUAGCAGUGAAUCGCUCUCGAUGCUUCUGUGCGAGGAGACCAUUCCCGGCUCACCGGCACCUGUUUGUGGUGUUUCCUCGUCCAGCGCACAGAAGGAAUCCACCAAAGUAUACGUGGAAACGGGCAGUUCUUUCCUGCAACCGCAGAACAUUGCAUCGGAUUUGAAGCCGGUGCCGAUGGAUUUGGAACCCAGCAUGGACACUCUCACCCUGUCGGGGGGUAAUCCGGGAAGCUCGGCCGGCCAGGUUGGCAAGAAACUGACGGAUGCUAUCGAUACACCCAAUAGUUCACCCCGGGAUUCUGUCAGUCAGGAUGAAAACCAAGAGCCGGAAGCUUCUCCGUCGAAAAAGCGAAGGCAAAGGAAGACAAGCGAGGAACCCUCGAACAAGCGAAGGAAAACUACUGCGCCAUCAACCAGUUGCUACGGGUCGCGAGGAAGUCAUCGAAUGACUGGAAACAAUGCAGCCACCGACAGCGAGGACAAUUCUGAUUCGACGGCAUUCCAGCGAGGUACCUCUGUUGGUGCCCAAUCCUCGGGGGCAGGUGGUGGCUCGAGCACGGCAUCUCCGAGCGUUGGUGGCCGAUCAGGUCGACCCUGUCAGUAUAACUUCCUUGUCAAUUUGGAUCCUGCUCUGAACAGUGCUCAGCGGGUAGCAAUUCUGAAGAAAAAGAUCCAGGAGCUACGCAAAACAUACAACGCCAUCAAGGCCGAGCUGGCCAGUAUCGAUCGCCGUCGGAAGAAGCUCCGACGACGCGAGCGUGAGAAUAAAAAGCAAGCCAAGCUUGCCACAGGCGGCGGAAACUGUUGAGCUGCUUCAAGCGCUCCGACUUUACUCGGCAAUGUUUGUAACUCUAUUGAUGUAAGUUGAGUCACAUUUCAUUCAUUGCACUUUUACAACUACGAAAAAUGGUAAACUCUAGAACGUUAGGCUGAAAUGAAAAUUGUGUUAAACUCAGUAUACAUCGGAACUCUGGAAAUUUUUGUUUCCCAGUGUAAGACAUAUUACUGGUCGAGAAUAUUUUGCAAUUGGAUGAAAAAUUUGUAUGUUUAAAAAUCGAAUAGUUAUCAUGUUUAGAAAAGUAUUUUGAACUUUACCCUCUCCUUGAAUUAGAAGCAAGGAUGAGAAUCUUUCAACAAACAUCAUUACAUCUGCUGUUUUAAUGACUAGGUUUUAGACAAUUCAUAUCGAAAUUGAAUGAAUAUAAAUAGAUAUAGAUUAUCCCACUCUAGCGUUAAAUAAUAGUACAAAAGCAUUUCAAUACAAACGAAUUUGCAGAUGUUUUUAUAUUAUUAAAUUAAUUUAAAGCACCCCCACACCAACAUGUGGUAGAUUACAAGUGAUAAAAGCUGAGUGAUCGUACAAUGUAUUUUUUCCUUAUCACAUUAUAUUGUAAAUAUGUGCGAAUAUUAAAGUAGAAAAAAAACAACCUUCACAAUUCA